AUGAACAAAAAAUUUCUAUAUAUACAUAGAGCCUGGGAAUAUCAACCCAUCAUACAUAUUCUGGUCCAACAACCAGCUUUUAUUCAAAGUUUUCGACCAUUUGCAAUGCGCCACGUCUAUUUGUUCGCAAUUUGUAUUAAGUUUGUUUCAAGUUCCGAACUGGGAAAAAUUAAUAAUCUGCUACAAGGAAGAUUGAUAUACACAGACGAUUCCGUUGCGACAAACGUUUUAGAGUCCAAAUUUCCAUUCUUAAAAUCAACAUGUGUUAAAGACGCACUUAAAAGUUAUUUGCCACAAUGUAUGGCGAACGGAUUUGAAUCCAUUGAUGCUGAAACUAGGGUAGAAACGGCUAUUAAACUUUCAGUAUGCGAGUUUCAGGCAUCCGGCUUGGGUGAAAUACCAGCAAAUUGUAUGGUUGACGACUUGGGAUCAAUGAUGGAUUGUAUGUUUGAACUAGAAUCAUCUUCACAGUGGUGGACAACUUAUAGUGGAAAUUAUCAGCGACUAUCGAGUAUAUGUUAUGAAAAUCUUCUUCCUUUUGAAAAAGAACAGAUACUGAGGCUGUUUUUAAAUAUCACAGAACUUUACGAUUCAUUUGGGGGUGAUAUUGAUACUAAAUUGAAUGAUCUGAUGUUCCAAAUGGAGCAAGAAUCUGAAAGUUUUUUGAACGAUCUGGCCAGGAUGUUCCGCAAUUAUGAUAGCGAACUGCGAAAUAUGACCGAAAGCAAUCGAAUAAUCUUAGAGAAUAAUCUCUCAUUUUUUAAGGACAGGGUGAAUGAUUUAUUCUACGACACUUCGGAACAAUUAGAAGUUCAGAUUAUAGAGAAGAACAACCAACUAUUGAAUGAAGUUGAUAAUAUUCAUCAUAUCGUGAGUGAUUUAGCCGAUGAGCUUAGUAAAAAUGACAUAAAAGCUAAGAUAAAUGAUUUGAAGGACGACAGCCUGAAUAAUUUACAGGACCUAGUGGAGAUGUCCCAUGAUGUGAGAGAGUAUUAUUCUAGAAACAACCGGUUGGUUAAUACCGAGCUAGAGAAUUUUUCAAUGGGGAUAAAGAAACAGUUAGGAGGUAUGUCAAAGGAUCUCUCUGAAUCACAAAUGGAAGCUAUAGAACUCUUGCAAGGCUUCAAUUCUAUCCUACAUGAUUCAUUAUUACCGUCCAUGACGAAUGAGAUAGUACCUGAGAUGACGAACUUCAAAAAUACUCUACUACAAGAAUGGACAGCUAUCACAUCCACAUUAAACGAAGAUUUCGCUUUGUGGAAUGAGGAGAUUUUCUCAACUUUUAGUGAUAUUUCAAAAAGGUUGAAUGGCACGAAAAAUAAAUUGGACGAUAUUGAAAUUAGAAUUUCGCUUAUCCAUGGAAAUGUUAUGGCAUUGAUGAAGGUAUUAGAUAUUAUGUGGAAAACUAGCAGAACAAUUAUAAAGUGUGGGUACGUUUCACUCAAGAAUAAAUACUACUGGCUACUGUGCUCUGUUGUAUGGAUUUGGUCAAAAUACCCUGCGGCUCGGACGAAUGUCAAAAUAAUUUCUAUUGAACACUUUUACCAAUGGGGAAUCGUUUUACUUUCAAUUUAUUUAGGAGCUAGAACUGGAUCAUUGAUUGGUUAA